AUGCCAAAUGUUUUAUUAACAGAGCCCCCUAGGAAUUCCACCUAUGCUGCUCCCGUUACCUAUGCCGAGUACUUUAACGAUAUCUCGCAGUACAACAUCCACUUAAACAUUUUCGAAAGAGCCUGGGCGGCAUGGUACGCCUACAUGCAAAAUGACGUUCUCGCUACCGGAAUCAUGUCCUUCAUGAUGCACGAGGUGGUUUACUUUGGUCGUUGUCUGCCGUUUGUGGUCAUGGACAAAAUCCCAUACUUCCGCCGAUAUAAGAUUCAAGGUCAAAAGAUGCCUACUCUGGCCGAACAAUGGGCUUGCGCCAAGCUCGUUCUCUUAUCUCAUUUCACCGUCGAACUCCCACAAAUUUGGCUAUUCCACCCUGUGGCUCAAUACUUCGGCUUGUCGACCAGCGUUCCCUUCCCUCCUUGGUACACCAUGGCAUGGCAAAUUGCCCUGUUCUUUGUCCUUGAAGAUACAUGGCACUACUGGUUCCACCGAGCCCUGCACACACCUCGCCUGUACAAGAUGAUUCACAAGCUUCAUCACCAAUACAGCGCGCCAUUUGGACUCGCCGCAGAAUAUGCCUCGCCGAUCGAGACUAUGAUCCUCGCGUUCGGCACCGUUGGCAUCCCGAUCAUCUUCUGCGCGCUGACCAGGAACUUACACGUGGUGACCAUGUACCUCUGGAUUGUUGGUCGCCUUUUCCAGGCCAUUGAUGCCCACUCUGGUUAUGAGUUUCCCUGGAGUUUGCAUCACUUCUUGCCUUUCUGGGCGGGCGCCGACCAUCACGAUGUGCAUCAUGAAAAAUUCAUUGGAAAUUACUCCAGCUCUUUCCGAUGGUGGGAUGCCGUGAUGAACACGGAAGCUGGAAGUGCUUCGGCGCAAAAGAAACGGGAGAACAAGAAAGCAAUCCAAAAGGAUCAAUGA